CCUCUGCAGCCGAAGCUCCGAGGCUCCGGGCCGCACGACGACGCGACGGGAUUAAAAGCUGAGCUUAAAGCAGAGGAGAAUCGUCUGCUUUAGUCAGAGGUCAGCGUGGGAACUGCUGGCACACAGCGUGGACUUGCUGUCGUGCCUUUGCAUAAAAUGCGCGCUGGAGAGGGAGGCGAGGGACGCUGAGAGCCGAGGGAAAGCGGAGCGCUUCGUGAAAGAGGAGGAGAGGAAAUAUUGAUGUUUUUUGGUUUUCUGUCCCUCGGAUUGGUCGUUGAGAGAACACGAGUGGGAUCUCCACGCUGGAAACGACGCGCUUUCAAAGUGUUCACCGGAGCUUUUCCGGCGAACUCCGACGCACCGCGGGCUCCUGAAACAGGUCCCAGAGAGUCUCAUCCUCACCAAAGCCACCAGGAAGCUACAGUGGUGACGCAAACUGGUUUCAUAUGAAAAGACGAAUUGCACUUACUGAACUCCCAUAGAGCUUUUUUUUUUUUAAAGACUUGCAUUCAGCUAUCAAGGAUUUCUUUCCUUGAACUGUUGGCUCCAUCGUUUGGAUGUAAAUAAACAUUGAGAGCCGAUGCUGAGGAGUUGAAAUAUUGCCUUUACCUUUAGGUCUGAAACACCGACUGGAAGAGUGUUUCUGCCAUGUUUGAGACCCGAAUAAAGGUCAGUGCUCCUUGAUCUUAUGGUCACUUCUCUCCUUGGGCUGUUUGUUCUUUAGACUCUGGAGUUUUUUCUAGUCAAAGCUUCUGGGUUUCCUCCUAAAGCACAUCUUUUAUUUUUUCAUAAGGACUACAUUUAAAGCCAAUUUUCCUGAAAAUAACUUGCCAGGAGGAAGAGGAGGGAACCAAAGACACAGUAGGGCAGAUGGCUUUCAUGCUCCAAAACAUCAACGGCUGGAUGAAUAAAACAUUUGAAGAGGGAAAGAUUCGUGACAUCUGGAAGUGAGGAACUUUUCACUCUGUUCGCCGUCCUCACGUUUCUGUCCCUCUGUGGACUCAGGACUUCAGCUGGUCAGUCAGUCAGUCAGUCAGACAGAAACAAGCCUGUUCUCCAGCUUGUUUCUCCUUUGUUCCACUUUUCUGUACCCAACACGCCGCUUCGCCCCGUCCUUCUCCCAACUUCUCCGCUCUCCGUCUCCAGCUUGGCGUGUGAUGGUGCGUCCCCUCCUCUCGGCCCUGGAGACAUGCCUGUACAGGAGAUGGCGGUGAGUCCUGUCAAGUCCCUGCACUGGGAGCAAUUCCCCCCCAUGUCGCAGCGCCGUGUCUACUGCACACCUGUCUACCACGAGGGCCUGCUCUACGUGCUUGGGGGCUGCAGCGAGACCGGCAUGCCCCUGGACAGCGUGGAAGUCCUGGAUGUUGAGAGCCAGACGUGGAGCCAGUUGCCCCCGCUUCCCACUGCGCGAGCGGGAGCUUCAGCCGUAGCUCUUGGGGGACAGGUGAUGGUGCUCGGAGGAAUGAACCAGCAACAGACCCCGCUGGCCUCUGUGGAAAUGUACCACCCCGACGAGGGCAAGUGGGAGACGAAGGCCAGUCUAGGUCAGCCUUCCAUGGGAGUCACCGCCGUGGAGAGAGAUGGGAAGGUGUUCGCCCUGGGCGGAAUGGGAGCAGACACAACACCUCAGGCUUUUGUUAAAGUCUACGAAGCAGAGAAGGAUCAGUGGCAGACCACCACCUCCAUGCCUACGCCACGCUACGGAGCCACGCCCUUCGUAAUAGGAAACAGAAUUUACCUGAUGGGUGGUCGUCAGGGAAAGAUGCCAGUAACGGCAUUGGAGGCUUUCGACCUGGAGAUGAAGAGCUGGACUCGGUACCCCUGCAUCCCCAGCCGGAGGGCGUUCUCGUGCUGCGCUACCAAUGAGCGCAGCCUGUUCAGCCUGGGUGGGCUCCAGCAGCCGGGGCCUCAUAAUUUCUACUCCCGACCUCACUUUGUCAGCACUACAGAGGAGUUUGACCUGGAUCAAGGUGUUUGGAUCAAACCCAGCCGAACAUCCAGGAUGCGGGAAAAGAGGGCGGACUUUGUGGCAGGAUGCCUUGGAGGAAGAGUCAUUGUAGCUGGUGGUCUGGGUAAUGAGCCAUCGCCCUUGGGCUCAGUAGAGAGCUACAACCCAGUGAAGCGGCGCUGGGAGUAUGUGGCCCCCAUGCCCACUGCACGAUGCUCUUCUGCUCUGCUGCAGACGACCAGCAUCCUCUUUGUGAUUGGAGGAGUUGCCCAAGGACCCAGUAACGCUGUGGAAGCUCUCUGCUUACAGGAAACAGUGUGAUGCAGGCACAAAAAACCCUUAAAUUAUUGCAAACAGGAACCAGUAUUUUCUUCACUGUAGAACAUGCAGCAGUUGGACCGCACUCGGAUGCUUUCUUACUUUGAUCGGCAACAAUGGAUUCCACUUACACAUUGGGAAGUCAACGACUUGUUUUGGCAUUGAAGAAGUGUUUUCAGAGCCGGAC